UGAAUUGUUAAUUUUGCAUAAUUACCUGUUUAAUGGUCUUGCUAAUUUUACUGGCAUUUCAAAUAAAUUAGAUUUAACAUCUACAGCAGCACAGUGUUCAGAUAUCCUGUUUACUGGUACAAAUGUUUCAUUAUUCAAAGAGAAAAGACCAUUUGCAUGUCUAAGUCGAGCAUGCAAUGUACGACCCACACAUCUAAACGAGACACACAAUAUGUGUCUAGAAUCAUACGAGUCUCUUACAAGAAAUACAUUAUCAUGUUGCCCAGCCAAAAGCUCUUCAGCUUCACUUGAAGUUAUGCCUCCCCAGUACCACCCAUGUCUAUAAAAAAAAGGUGUUUUAAUAAUAGUUAAACCCUAAACACAUAAAAAACAAAAGUAGUCAAAAGGUAAUUACUUAUAUAAUUGACAGUAGAUAGCACAUGUUUCGAGUGAAGUGUGUUGGUGAUGCCCUCGAAGGACUAAAUGUCCAUCUGCAUGAUGGCAUUUUAUCAUUUCUUUUUUGGUUACUACAAUUUCUUUCAAUUCAGAAUUAGAAUGAGCAAUAAUACGUUUUUCGGAAGAUGUUGACGGAUAAUUUCUUUUGUUCAAGUUACACAUAUAUUCGUUGCCAUUGCUCUUAUUUCCAAAAUACCUUUGCAGAGAUCUUACACUACCUGUAAUAAACAACUUGUUUUUCCAGAAUUUUACCAAUUUAUUGCUGUUAACUGGUGACUUGCGAUCGGGUAAAAAUACACAAUUUACUAUGUCUGUGUUAUUAUAAUCUCUUUUAUUAUCAAUAGUUCGCUGUGGGUGUUUACAUUCCAUUGGUUUCAACCAUUUGCGAAGACAACCAGUAGUAAGCCAUUUUUUACGAUUGCAAUGAGUACAUCUCUCAUAGUUUUUAUUCAUUUCUUUAUCAUUGACAGAUUCAGCAAAUAAUUUGUAUACUUUAAAUAAUAAUUUAUCUUUUUUUAAGCACAACAAACACACCAGUUACUAUUAUUCGUUUUCACAGAAAUAUGUAACAAGAGAAACAAACAAUAGCCAACCUGCUGAUCUGACACAUGACACAGACAGUCGUUUUUAUAAAUGUCAAAUACUAUAUUGGGCAAAGGAAUCCAUUUCUAGUAAAGAGGGAGUAAUAAAUAGCUGGUACACUAUAUCUAUGAUAAAUAUAGGUAUGUAUACAUAUUGACCUACCAUGGAUAUUUUUUUUACUAAUAAAACACUAAAAAUUACCUGCUAUCGGAUCAAUGGGAAUGGAAUACAAAUAGCAAAUAUUUACUUUUUUUACAUUGGUUAUCAUACGAUACGAUCUUUGUUAGACACAAGUCGUCAUAAUACAUAUACUAUAAUAAAUUUUACUCUCUGUCUGUAAUAAAAUAGGGUGUGUGUUUGUGUGUAGAUGUCAGACUGUCACAGCACGGACGUUUUAGGUCAAUAAUUUUUGUUAGAUUUGUUUCAAUGGAUUCAGCAAUUGACCUGUGAACAGUGAUAAAUUCACCUAGUUUCAUUAUAUAAUUUUAUUAAAAUGCGAUAGUGUUUGUGUUGUGUGCUCUGUAAUUAUCAAAUUGCUGUAGUAAUGACACUGAAGAAAAUUGCGAAAAUGUCAACAAAAUCACAAAUAUCUACAGAAUUAAGCGAAAGCAUUAGUAAUGUACUCGGGAAAAAUGUUCGAAUUCUGUAUAAAUCCCUUAUUCGUAUGGAGUCACGGGGUGACAAGGUGGACAAUAGAGUUUUGAUUGUGACUUCCUAUAGAAUAUUUAUUACAACUACAAAAGUACCAACAAGGGUGGAUAAUGGAUUUCACUUAAUGGAAAUAGAGGCACUGGAAAGUAAAAAGGCAAACCAUUUGUCAAUUACUUUGAUCCAUGAACACAAACCAGUAUCGAUUCUCAUAGGGGAAGAAGGUACAUCAGAGGGACUUUCAAAUGUGCUACAUGCAUUGGUAGCAGCUUUUGAUGACUUGUUUCCGAAUGUAGCUGUGGAGGAUAUUAUAUCCAAGGUCAAUCUUCCCUUCCAACUUCCAUCUGUUAGUGGUACUCGUAAACAUUCCACAUGUGGGGACUUUUCUAAUCAAUACGCCGCAAUGUGCGAUCUUUGUCAAACACCUUUUAGAGCUGAAGUGGCGUGGGAUAUAGAUACGAUAUAUUUAGCACAUGACAUCAGAAUGCUACAUUUAAAAGAUUUUGAUCAUUUAGAUCAAAGGGACCUGAUACCGUUGGUGAUCGCACUACAACACAACACUUGGUUCACUGGCGUGUGCGGGGACGGCGUGCGCGCGGGCGGCGAGGCGUGGGAGGGCGUGUGCCGCGUGGUGAGGUGCGCGUGGCCCGCGCCGCAGCGGCUCAGCUGGCGCGCGGCCACGCUGCGGCACGACCACGCCGCCAGGCUCGGCCACGCGCUCGCGCGCGCCAAGCGACCGCCCGCCAUGCACACCGUUGACUUCUCGCAGAACCACAUCGAGGACAAGGGAGCUAUGAGUGUGCUGUCUGGGUUGGCGAACAAUCCGGAUGGAUUGAGAUACAUUGCGCUGUCGCAAUGCGGCCUUACUGGGAAGACUGUCACGCAUCUCGCAACUAUGCUUAACGAUAAUCCGUGCCAUCUAUCGACGUUGUCUCAUUUAGAUCUUUCGCAUAACAACCUGAAAGACGAUGUUCAUAACCUGUAUAACUUCCUCGCACAACCGAACGUCCUGACCCAUUUAAAUCUAACCAACACGGAAACAACAUUAGAAAAUAUGUGGGGUGCUCUUUUACGGGGAUGCGCAGCCCGUCUGUCAUCACUUCUCGUGGGUCGUAACCCGUGGUCAGCAGUGAGAAGGCCUAAGGAUCCUCCACCCUCAUUUAGACAGUUCUUCACAGCUUGCUUAGCACUCACAGAACUAGACUUCUCCUACUGCAAAAUGCCUCCUGAUGCCUUGAAGAGUUUACUGUUAGGGCUGGCAUGUAACGAAAGUGCUACUGGUGUUCAGUUAAACCUAUCAGGGGUGCUAUCUUCAUCACAAGCGGCACACGUUCUAGAGUCGUGUAUCCACGGAGUUCGCUGUCUGCAAUCACUGGACCUCUCUGAUAACAGUAUGGAAUUUGAGUUGUCCGGUAUAGUGAGAGCCAUCGGGAAAAACCACUCUAUAACACAUUUAUCUUUAAGCAGACUGACCGGCAAAAGGUCUUAUGCUCCACCUUUAAUACAAGCUCUAGUGCAUGUCCUUCAAGAACCAGAUACUGCCUUGACAUCAUUGGAUCUCAGCGAUUGUAAACUUAAGGGUGAUUUAUACGGGCUAUUGAAUGCCCUCGGUGGAGCUCGUCGGCUUCGCUCAUUGGACGUUGGUGGUAACUUGGCAGGAGACGCGGGCGCAAGAUUGUUGGCUAAAGCUUUACAGUGUAAUUGUACAUUACACACAUUGUACAUCGAUCGAAACGCUUUCAGUUUACAAGGGUUGACAGAUAUAGCGAUGGCGCUCCGUCGUUCGGUGAGCGUCCGUCGCGUCGAGUUUCCGGGUUGCGACGCCGCCGCCGGUGGACGCGCUGCUAGCGAACGUGUCGCUACACUGUGGCGGGAGUUACACGAAAGGUUAGCGGGUAACUCUAGCGGUGCCCAGUCGCACAGGGUGCGCGCGCUAGCGUUGGAGCGUGCGUGGGCAGGCGGCGAGGCGGCGGCGGCGCUGGCGGCGCAGGCGGCCGCAGCGCUGCCCCCGCCGCCCCUGCCCGCCGCGCUCGAGCGGGCCGCCGCCGCCGCGCACCACCUGUUGCACCAGUACCUGCAGAGAUGUGGUGAGGUGUUUGCGGCGAUGGGAGGUGGUGGUACUAGCGGGGAGUUGGUUACGUUACAAGCUGUGAGGGAUGCGAUGGCUCCCUGUUCGUCUACUCUACAAGAUCUAAUAAAUGAAGCCGUUGAGAGUCUUGCGCUCUCUGCGUGUGAGAGCGUGGACAGCGCUGACAGCGAGCCAAUCACGAGCAACGAUCCGGACAUACCAGAUCUACUGACACCUAUAUCACAUUCUGGUGCGACGCCGCUUGGUUGCCGCCGUCGCGAGCGGUGCGGCCGCCGCGUCCGCCCCAAGUCCGUGGCGGAGCAGCAGUGCAGCAGUAACGAGAUGCUGUCCCUGCCGCCGCUGCACGCGGAGGCGGCGGACGCGCUCGCUGAACUGCCCGCGCAUACGCUCAGGCAUCUAGUCAAGGGCAGACCCAGAAGGGUGAAAACGCGAGCACCAACACGACCUAUCACAGACCAAUCGCAAGACAUUGAUGAAGGAUUGGAUGAGUUCUGGCGCACUUGCCGCACGCCGCCCGGUAGUGAGGAGGCGUCUCUGUCCGCUCGCACGCCGCUCACGUCUCGCUCUCUACACUCGCUCUCAUCGCUCGCGUCACCAUCGCCGCUACGCCACUCGCCCACGCUACAACGAGACGACACCAUGUACAGUGUAACAUCUGGAGAAAGUACACCUGUCCUAUUAGAAUGCGAAGUAUCUCGAUGCAAGUCUUCCGAUAACGUAGGCUCUAAGGCUCCCACUACUCCGCCGCCGUCACGCUCUUCAGAUAACGUCAACACAAUGGAAGGCGUGGAGGCGUGCGUCGGCGGCAGCAUUGUGGGCAUCACACCGGGCGCCGCACUAACCAGUAACCAACUUUCUGACGCUAUUCUGUACUGAGACGUAGUCAAUGUGCCCUAGCUGUACCAUUAACUGUUGUAUCAAAAUAAACUUUUUUUAUUAUUACAGAAGGAACGGAGGCCUAGAUGAGCACAGAAAACUUAUAGCGCGAGGAAUUAGUACCUACGUGAUAGGUUGAGCAGGGUUCAUCCAGAUUAUAUUACUAAACGGAUUAUAUUCACGGAUGCUCACAAUUGUGCCAGUUAGAAUUUUAACUUUUUUAGACAGUAAAACAAAUAGCUACUGACUAGUGUUCUAAUAUGGUAUUCGAAUUGCCAUUUUGAGAAUAGUUUUCAAUUGAAAAUAUUAAUGAUGCAGUUAUAAUAAUUCCAACUAACUUAUGAUAGGGUAUUUAGAUUUAUGAUAAAUAACGACACUUUUAUUUACUGUGAUUGUGUUAGUUAGUUUUACCUGCAUAUAUGAAAUUCAUGAAUUUUUAUUAUUUAUGUAAUCAUAUUUCUAAUAAUUUUGUAUAUUCUUUAAUAUUUGGAGAUGAAAUAAGACUUGCUCUUUAAAAAGUUGAAUUCGGCACUGAUUAUUGGUUAUGACAAUUUUGGUUAAUCAUAUAUCUAUGCAAUAUUUUCUGUGAUAGUGUUAACUGAACAAAGAAGAAUGAUUUUUAUGUAAAUAUUAUGAAGGUAUCGAGGAACUGAUAGAAGUCAUUUCACUAGUCAAAGUUAUAAUCGAGAUAUGAGACGUUCCUUUUAUUAAAACAUGGCUAGCAUGAAUGAUGCCCUAGGUCACGUCUUUUCAAAUCUUGGACGAGUAGUGGCAUAUAAACAGUAAUUCAUAAUUGAAACAUCUCCUAUCAUUGUCGGUUAUCCCAUAGCUAUAUCAGUGAUAUUUUUCAGUGCUGAUAAUUACGAUCCUAUUUCAAAGUUUGUAUUAGAUCCUGGAACCUGUCGCAUUUUCUUUCUCCAAAUAUUUAGUGUGUAGUUAUUUGCUUAUAUUAUUCAUAAAUAAAAUUAUAUCUUCAAUGAAUUGGUCUUGCCUAGUCAUGUUUUAGAGGCCUAAUGAUGCGCACAAUUUAGUUUUAUUUCUGUUCUCAUCACCCUGGCAUCACACAUAUGCAAUUAUUUGACCACAUAAAUGUGGCACAGGUAUUUGAUACUUUGUCAUAUAUUUGUGCGCUAAAUUUUAUUUGAACAAAGUGUUCAUUGAUAUGCGUACGUGUCUGGUGCGGCCUUCACACGCAGGGUUUGAUGGCGUCACAAUAUUUUUAUAGUUUCUGUAAGCGAUUUCUUCUUCCACAUUUAUACAUUCCUUCAUAAAUUGUAUAGUAUUUAACAGUAUUUUAAAAUUAAUGAAGUGUGAUUUUUGAAAUGAAGUUCAAAAAGUGAGGUGAAUUUUAGGUUAGUAUACUUGUGAAAGUGAAAACCAGUUUUUAGUUAAGAACAAUAAAUAUUUCAAACAUACUAACUGCUCUACAUAAUUGGCAAUAUAUAAUAUAGCAAAAAGCUCAUUACUACAGGCAUUUUAGGCGCAAUUCUCAUUGA